AUGGCUCACACCCAACCUUCGCCCACGGGAGGCGUGACUCCCCACCAUGGUCACCUUGCAGCCCAUCCGCAGGUCAAUGGACAUAUUCAGUUGCAAGCCCAAGGCCAAAAAGGCCACCCUCUAAGCACUGCCCAAAAAAUUGCUGCGCUCAAUGAGCAAGUCUGGCUUCAGAUCGGAAGUUUGACUGAGCUGAUGGGCGAUCUUGAUGGCGCCAUGAAUGCAUAUGAGCAAGCUUUACGCCAUAACCAAUGGUCUAUUCCCGCCAUGAAUGCGAUAUCUUGUAUCCUGCGGACGAAAGAACAAUUCCCGAAGGCUAUUGAAUAUCUUCAAAAUAUUCUGAAACUGGACCCAACGAGCGGAGAGACCUGGGGUAGCUUGGGUCAUUGCCACCUCAUGAUGGACAACUUGCAAGAGGCAUACACGUCCUACCAGCAGGCGCUGUAUCAUCUGCGCGAUCCCAAGGAACCGAAGCUAUGGUAUGGAAUUGGUAUUUUGUACGAUCGCUACGGGUCUCUUGACCAUGCAGAAGAGGCUUUCUCUCAGGUCAUGCGGAUGGCGCCGGAUUUUGAGAAGGCCAAUGAAAUCUAUUUUCGACUGGGGAUCAUCUACAAACAGCAGCAGAAGUUUAGCCAAAGUCUGGAGUGCUUUAAAUACAUUGUCACUGAUCCUCCCCGCCCGUUGACGGAAGAAGAUAUUUGGUUCCAAAUCGGUCAUGUUCACGAACAACAGAAGGAUUUUGAAGCUGCACAGCAAGCUUACAGACGGGUUCUGGACCGUGAUCCGAAUCAUGCGAAGGUCUUGCAACAGCUUGGAUGGCUGUAUCAUCAACAGAGCAACAGCUAUGCGAGCCAAGAAAAGGCCAUUGAAUAUCUUGAAAAAUCAGUCAGCGCAGAUAACAAUGAUGCACAGAGCUGGUAUCUACUUGGUCGCUGCUACAUGUCUCAAGCCAAGUAUCCCAAAGCCUACGAAGCCUACCAACAGGCUGUCUAUCGGGACGGAAGGAAUCCGACUUUCUGGUGCUCGAUCGGUGUGCUUUAUUACCAGAUUAAUCAAUACCGCGACGCAUUGGAUGCUUAUUCUCGUGCGAUCCGCCUGAACCCUUACAUCUCGGAAGUGUGGUAUGAUUUGGGUACUCUGUAUGAGUCCUGCAAUAAUCAGAUCGCGGAUGCUCUUGAUGCAUAUGGCCGUGCUGCCGAUUUGGACCCCACCAAUGUUCACAUUAAGGCACGCCUGCAGCUCCUCCAGAGUCAGCUGUCAGGCUCUGGCCAAACCAACGCCCCAGCUCCUCAGCCUCAAGAUGUUCACCCUCAGGCUUACCAAGGCCCUGGUGUCGGUGGACCCCCGGCUCCCCAGUGGGCUGCACCUACACCAACUGGAGGACCUCCCCCUCAGCCUCCAGCUCCUCCCAGGCAGAUUGCUGACUGGAACCGUGGCAUCAACGAACUUCAGUCCCAGGCACAGAGCCAGACUCAAAAUGCUAAUGGAAUCGACAGUCGUGAUGCAGUCCGCGCUCCUGGAUCUAUUCAACAGCCAAGCCCACGACAGGAGCAAGGGAGGAUGUUCCCGGAAGCUAUUCGUGGGCCCCCGGCAGCUCGUUCCCCAAAAACAACUGUGGGUGGCGCAAAUGUCUAUACCCCUGCCCACGCUCUCCCCCAGCUUGCCAACCCACCACCUGCGCCGUCUCACGAUCGGGCCCCUAGCGGCGCUGUGCCAUUCUCUUCUUCUGCUCGUGGCCCGUUACCUCCCGCUGCGCCUCCGGCGGGACCAAGUGCACCUAACGGUGCCCCCGCUUCUGGUGGACCCUUACCUGCCUACCCUCGUCCUUUCACCCCGCCUGCUGAAAUUAGGCCCAUCCGUGAAGAGCGCCCCUCUUCCCCUGGGUCGACAUACCCCCACCAGCAAUAUCACCAUGGCCCAACUGUUAUUCAGGGUGCUAGCAGCACUGGAAUCGCUAGUGGUGCACCUCCUCCCCCAUCCGCCAUUACUGCCGCUGAAGCUGCUGCUCGCGACCGUGAGGAUCGCCCCACGUCGGCCAUGAAGCGUGGCCGGGAGUGGGAAGCCGAAUCAGGCCCAACCAAGAAGGUUGCCAGUGAAGAGUCUCGCGCGCGACUUGACGAACAGGUUACUCGUCGCGUGACUCCCCCAAACCGCAUGCCGUCUCCCGGAGAGAUGCAGCGCCGUAGUUCCUCUGAAGUCCGGCGUGAAGAUCAACACCGUAUCAGUGAAAAUUAUCACCCAUCAGAGGCAGCGCAUCACCCUCCUACGCUGCCAUCCAUUCAGCAUAUGCCUCAGCAUCCCUCUGGUGGCCCUAGUCUUCCUCCCAUGGCCGAAAGCUCUGUUUCUGGCUCAAAUGGACCGCAGUCUGGUCCUGCACCUGCUCAGACUCCUGUUAAAGAGGAAGCCACUCGCAGUGAGCAAGUGCUUGAGCCUGCUGCACGGAAGAUGGACGUGGAUGAGAAUUACGAUGACGAUGAAGACGAUAAAAGGGUAAGCGCCGCUGCCAAAGGUAGCCCUGGUAGUAGGUCGGGUAGUGUCAAUAACGGCGCCAGUGGGAGUCUGAGUGGUGGCGCUCAGUCUUCGCAGUCGAAACCGGAGACUUCAGCCUAG